UGGACGGCGGCGGCAGCGGGGGCUCCUCUCCUCGCUCUCUCCUCCUCUGCUCCGCGCCCGCCGCGGCCCGCGCCUCCCGGGGAGGGCACCUGCGAAAGUUUCCCGGCUGCCGCGGGCGGCGACAGCGACGGCGGCUGCGGCCGCGACGCCGGAGGAGCGGCCUCGGGAGGGGCCGGGCCCCGCGCUCCGGGGCUCCGCUGCCCUCCCUGCGGAGCCCGAAAUUGCUUCAUGCAACUGGUGUUGAUGUGGACCAGCUUUAAUUCUAUUCUAACUAAAAGACAGUUUAGUAAAGAGCCUGAAAAAGUUGUGUGCUGUAGUUGAUGUUUUCUAUAAAGUCAUCAGAUCCUCCAGGACGAAUCCUACUUCCAUACAGAAGGGAGUUUUUAAAAUCAUUGAAUCUGGAAGAUCAAAAGAAAUACAAGCAUGUUGUGCUGGGGAAACGCAUCCUUUGGACAGCUAGGAUUGGGUGGAAUUGAUGAAGAGAUUGUGCUAGAGCCCAGGAAAAGUGACUUUUUCAUAAAUAAAAAGAUCCAGGAUGUGGGAUGUGGACUCAGACAUACAGUAUUUGUCCUGGAUGAUGGGACAGUAUAUACUUGUGGAUGUAAUGAUCUAGGACAAUUGGGUCAUGAAAAGUCCAGGAAGAAGCCAGAGCAGGUUGUUGCCUUGGAUGCCCAAAAUAUUGUAGCCGUUUCAUGUGGAGAAGCUCAUACACUCGCACUCAACGAUAAGGGCCAGGUGUAUGCUUGGGGACUUGAUACCGAUGGGCAGCUGGGUCUGCCAGGGACAGAAGAAUAUAUCAGAGUGCCCAGAAAUAUUAAAAGUUUGACAGAUAUUCAGAUAGUACAGAUUGCUUGUGGUUACUAUCAUUCUCUUGCACUCUCAAAAGGAAGUGAAGUUUUUUCCUGGGGACAGAAUAAGCACGGCCAGUUGGGUUUAGGCUUUGAGUUGAAAAGGCAGAGUUCUCCACAGCUGCUUAAGUCUCUCCUUGGAAUCCCUUUCAGUCAAGUAGCUGCAGGUGGAGCCCACAGUUUUGUUCUCACUCUUUCAGGAGCAAUUUUUGGAUGGGGACGGAACAAGUUUGGUCAACUAGGUCUUAAUGAUGAAAAUGAUAGGUUUGUUCCUAAUUUGUUGAAGUCACUAAGAUCACAGAAAAUAGUUUACAUUUGUUGUGGAGAAGAUCACACAGCAGCUCUUACUAAGGAAGGCGGGGUCUUUACAUUCGGAGCUGGAGGCUAUGGUCAAUUGGGGCAUAACUCAACCAGUCAUGAGAUAAACCCCAGAAAGGUUUUUGAGCUUAUGGGAAGCAUUGUCACACAGAUUGCUUGUGGACGGCAGCACACUUCUGCUUUUGUUCCUUCAUCAGGAAGAAUUUAUUCUUUUGGGCUUGGUGGCAAUGGGCAACUUGGAACCGGUUCAACAAGCAACAGGAAAAGCCCUUUCACAGUGAAAGGAAAUUGGUUCCCUUACAGUGGGAAGUGUCCACCAAAUAAUGAUGGUGAAGAAUACUUCUGUGUUAAAAGAAUUUUUUCAGGUGGUGACCAAAGCUUUUCCCAUUAUUCUAGCCCACAGAGCCUUGGGCCACCAGAUGAUUUUAGAUGUCCUGACCCUUCAAAGCAGAUCUGGACUGUAAAUGAAUCUCUCAUUCAAAGAUGGCUAAGCUACUCUUCUGGAAGGUUUCCGUUGGAAAUAGCCAAUGAGAUUGAUGGAACCUUUUCUUCGGCUGCUUGUCUAAAUGGCAGUUUUUUAGCUAUUAGCAAUGAUGAUCACUAUAGAACAGGCUCCAAGUUCUCAGGGGUUGAUAUGAAUGCUGCUAGACUUCUCUUUCACAAACUUAUACAACCUGACCACCCUCUGAUAGUUCAGCAGGUGGCAGCUAGUUUGGAAAAGAAUCUUCUUCCAAAACUGACUAGUUCCUUACCUGAUGUUGAAGCAUUGCGAUUUUAUCUCAUUUUACCAGAAUGUCCACUUAUGAGCGAUUCCAAUAAUUUCACAACAAUAGCCAUUCCCUUUGGAACUGCACUAGUGAAUCUUGAAAAGGCACCAUUGAGAGUACUUGAAAACUGGUGGUCUGUACUUGAACCUCCUUUGUUUCUCAAGAUAGUGGAGCUGUUCAAGGAAGUUGUGGUUCACCUUUUGAAACUCUACAAGAUCGGAAUCCCCCCUUCUGAAAGAAGGGUUUUCAACAACUUCCUUCACACUGCUCUAAAGGUUUUGGAAAUACUGCAUAGGGUAAAUGAGAGAACAGGACAGAUUAUACAAUAUGACAAGUUUUAUAUUCAUGAAGUGCAAGAAUUAAUAGACAUACGGAAUGACUACAUCAACUGGGUGCAGCAGCAGGCCUAUGGAAUGGAUAUCAACCAUGGAUUAACUGAGUUAACCGAAAUUCCAGUCACAAUUUGUACAUAUCCAUUUGUAUUUGAUGCCCAGGCAAAAACUACACUGUUACAAACAGAUGCAGUCUUGCAGAUGCAGAUGGCUAUCGACCAAGCCCACAGACAGAAUGUCUCCUCUCUUUUUCUCCCUGUGAUUGAGUCUGUGAAUCCUUGUCUUAUUCUCGUAGUCCGUAGAGAAAAUAUUGUAGGUGAUGCCAUGGAAGUUCUUAGGAAGACGAAGAAUAUAGAUUACAAAAAGCCACUAAAGGUUAUUUUUGUAGGAGAAGAUGCUGUUGAUGCAGGAGGUGUACGCAAAGAAUUUUUCUUGCUCAUCAUGAGAGAGUUACUGGAUCCGAAAUAUGGCAUGUUUAGGUAUUAUGAAGAUUCUAGACUCAUUUGGUUUUCUGACAAGACCUUUGAAGACAGUGAUUUGUUCCACUUGAUUGGAGUUAUCUGUGGAUUAGCAAUUUAUAACUUUACUAUUGUAGACCUCCAUUUUCCUUUGGCUUUGUACAAGAAGCUGCUGAAAAAGAAGGCUUCCCUGGAUGAUUUGAAGGAGCUAAUGCCUGAUAUUGGGAGAAGCAUGCAACAAUUACUGGAUUAUCCAGAAGAUGAUAUAGAGGACACAUUUUGUCUUAAUUUUACGAUCACUGUUGAGAACUUUGGUACAACGGAAGUGAAAGAACUGAUUCCAAAUGGAGCAGACACCACUGUCAGUAAACAAAAUCGACAAGAAUUUGUUGAUGCUUAUGUGGACUACAUAUUCAAUAAAUCUGUGGCUUCCUUGUUUGAUGCUUUUCAUGAGGGCUUUCAUAAAGUAUGUGGUGGGAAAGUCCUUCAGCUCUUCCAUCCUAAUGAACUACAGGCAAUGGUGAUUGGGAACACAAACUAUGAUUGGAAAGAGCUUGAAAAGAAUACAGAAUACAAAGGGGAAUAUUGGGCAGACCAUCCUACAAUAAAAAUUUUCUGGGAAGUUUUUCAUGAAUUGCCAUUGGAAAAGAAAAAACAAUUUCUCUUAUUUUUGACAGGUAGUGAUCGGAUUCCUAUUCUUGGUAUGAAGAGUCUUAAACUGGUCAUUCAGUCAACUGGAGGUGGAGAGGCAUAUCUCCCAGUCUCCCAUACCUGUUUUAAUCUUCUUGAUCUUCCAAAAUACACAGAGAAAGAAACUCUCCGAUCUAAACUGAUCCAAGCCAUUGAUCACAACGAAGGCUUCAGUUUAAUAUAACUUUAGAGGUAUUAUAACUAUUUGGUUUAAUGCAGCAGCAUUAAACUAAUUUCUUGUGUCUUUCUUGUGGUGGUGAGUUCAGUGGACAAGGUGACUGAGGUGAUAAUAUAAUUAAUUGCUUAUUUACAAAAUGUUCUGUGACAUACAAAUAUUCACAAAAGCCAAAAAGUCCUAAAAGAAAAUGAACUACGUUAAUACUAGACUUAUUGUACAAAACCAUUGACACUUUUUUUUUGUCAUCUACCAAUAAACAUGCAAGUAUUGUGACUACAUUGAAGUUUCACUAACAUGAAUUUUAAUGGUCUGCAUAUUACAGAAAUGAUCGUGGUGUGUGAGUGCAUGGAAUGGUUGCUUAAUUCUUUUCAAUCACUGGGUGAAAAACCUUUAACUUUGGUUUGCAAUAGUCACUUGAUUGUUUUCCAUUUUGUAAAUAAUGUUAAAGUUUUUGUAAUAAAAUAGUUACCUUCUGAUACCAGUACAGUUUCUAUGUUGUAAUUGAACUGGAAUGACUUUUAUGGGUUAAAAAUUGUGACCAUUAAUUUUUUUUUCCUGGCUUCUUAGAAACUCAAGUAGCAGAAAUAACAAGAGUAAAAAUUUAGAGCUUGUUUUGUACCAGGACAAUCUUCUAGUAUCUUGAUAUGUGCCCAGAUCUGGGUUCUACUAAGUAUCUUCCAGGUCCUUCCUCUGGAGUCCUGUGGUAAUGUUGCAUUUCCAAUGGGGAGUGAUGAUUAAACAUGGUUAAUUUAGCAGUGGAAGAGAGCUUUCCCAUGUUGCCAAGAAUAGGAAUGUGUGGCACUAGGAGACCCAGCACCCCCAGCUCACAGCUUUGAAAAAUAAUAACUGUGAAGUUUUCUAUUUGAGUCACAUUUUCCACAGUGCUUUUUGGCUUAUGUAGAAGAAUUUUCUUCAGGGUUUUUUAAAUUGAAGAAAACAUUGUUUUCAUAUGCUGAUUGUGACUGAAACACUUUCAGAUUUUAUUCUUCUCAUGUCUUUAAGUCCUAGAAUGUGUGUUGAUAUGCAAUACAUGUGACUUUCAGCUAUGGUGCAGAUAUUUAUUUUUUAAAUUUAUAAGAUGCAAUGAAAACUCUUUAAAUAAAAUACUUGAAUAAAGA